CCGAGGGGAGUUUUUCUUUCCCUCCUCCUGCUCCCCACCUGGUGGCUUCUUUCUUCGCUUUUAAAGCCAAACGGGAGCGGAUCUGUGCGUUUCUUCACCCAUCUGAACUUACGCAGACAUGGACUGGGGAACAGAUCUGUGGGACCAGUAUGAUGUCAUCGACAAGCACACACAGUCAGGCCUUGACCUGGUGGACCGAUACAUAAAGUUUGUGAAGGAGCGGACAGAGAUAGAGCAGAACUACGCCAAGCAACUCAGGAAUUUAACAAAGAAAUACGCCAAACGAGGAAGCAAGGACGAGCAAGACUGCAAGUUCAGCAACUACGCAUCAUUCCAGGAGAUCCUGAACGAGCUGAACGAUUACGCCGGCCAACGGGAGCUCAUCGCUGAGAACAUGAUGACGGCCAUCUGCGUCGAACUCACCAAGUACCUCCAGGACAUCAAACAAGAACGCAAAACGCAUCUGUCUGAUGCCAAGAAGGCCCAGCAGACGUUAGAGAGCAGCUUUAAACAUCUAGAAAGUACAAAGAAGCGCUUUGCCAAGGAGUGGGCAGAGGCUGACAAAGCCACACAGCAAGCAGAGAAAACAGAGAAUGACCUCAAUGCCACCAGACUCGACGUCGAGAAAGCCAAGCAGCAUGCCCAUGCUCGCACACACACAGCAGAGGAGUGCAGGAACGACUACGCAGCACAGCUCCAGAAAUACAACAAGGAGCAGAACUUCUUCUACUACUCAGAGAUCCCGCAGAUCUUCAAUAAACUGCAGGACAUGGACGAACGGAGGAUCCAGCGGUUGGCGGAGGGCUACUGCCAGUUUUCAGACAUCGAGAAGAAGGUGCUGCCAAUCAUCUCCAAAUGUCUAGAAGGAAUCUCUACAGCAGGAGGGAAGAUUGAUGAGAAACAGGACUCAAUACUGUUCAUUGAGCAGCACAAGUCUGGUUUUGAGCGACCUGGAGAUGUGGAGUUUGAAGACUACACCCAGGGAAUCAAACCAGCGACCUCAGACUCCAGCCUGCACCCACCAAAAGUGCGCGCCAAGCUCUGGCCUUUCAGCAAGAAACACAAGACAACACAUGCUGAAAAGCACAUGCCACCUCCUGCAGAAGAUUUCUCUCACCUUCCUCCAGAGCAGAGGAAGAAGAAGCUGCAGGCGAAGAUCGAUGAUAUCACCAAAGAGCUGCAAAAGACGCAAGACCAGAGUGACGCGCUGGAGAAGAUGAAGGGCGUGUAUGAGCAGAAUCCACAGAUGGGAGACCCCUCCAGUCUGGAGCCUCAGAUCACAGAAACUGCCCAGACCAUCGGCCGCCUGAGGGGGGAGCUCGCCAAAUACGAGACGUGGCUUGCAGAAGCAGUGGGAGGAGAGGAAUCUUCCAACACCGUCAACAAUAACGCUCAGCAUAGUAUCUCCAGUGUUGUAACAGCUGACCAGUCUCAGAACAUCUACACAGAGUUUGAUGAUGAAUUCGACGACAUAGAAAGUCCUAUUGGCCAGUGCACAGCUCUGUACACCUUUGAAGGCAACAGCGAGGGCACCAUUUCCAUUACAGAGGGAGAGCUGUUGAGCGUAAUGGAGGAGGAUAAAGGCGACGGAUGGAUGAGAGUCCUUAGAGCCAAUGGAGAGGAGGGCUAUAUACCUUCAUCCUAUGUCAAACUCACACCUUAACUCCCAUCACAGAGCUGCUGAUGGAAGUUAAGAGCCAAAGGUGAAUACAAAGUCAUCCAAGAUAAUUGGAGCUGCUCUCUACAUGUUUUAUCUCAGCCAGUGUCGUGUGUGGUGAGAUGAAAGUGAGUGAUUAUAAAGCUUGUUAUCAAGGCUGAUUGCAGCAUCAUACACUCCCUGUCUCUGUGGCAGGAGAUGCAGACUGUCAGUCCUGUCUGAUCUUUAUAGAUUACAGCUCUUUUAGAACUUAAAAAAAAACCAAAACUACUUUUGAAUGUAUACCCGAACUUUUUGUCACAGUGUUAAGUGACGACUCCUGUAACAUGUUCAGCAUCAUAGUAGCCUCACGCUACGUUUGUUUAUGGCAAUACUUAUAUCCACCCACUUGAUUUCCCCACUGCCAGUUUUAGUAACCUGCUGAACUUUUUCUUUUUGUAACACCAACUCUCUACAAAACCCCUUGUCUGACAGGAUAAUGUGAGUUUUUGUUUUUUUUUUUUUUUUUUACCAUGGUGAUGUGAUGUUUUAUAACUUUUAACUGGAUGAAAACCACUACUCUACGGGGAGUGUACAAAAUAUAUCGUUCAAUGGACAGAGACGUUAAAAGACAGGCUCUCAUUUUUUUAUAUCUUAAAACAGUUGUCAGGCAUCCAUAUGAAGAGUGAAACAGGUUUUCAUGUUUAUACUGACCAUUAAAGGAUCUCUUCCUAAUGUGCUUUCAUAGGUGAAGUGGACGACAUCCACAGGUCUCUUUCUAAAGCUACUAUGAUGUUCAGUAGUCUGAAUUGGACCUAUUGAGCAUCUUCAAACAUUUUAGUGUCUUAACACAAAAUUCCUUCUUUGUGUUAUGAUCUAUCUCUGCCGCUCAGCAGAGCAACAUCUGAAGAAUCACACAGGAAUUUCAUAUUAAAAAUGCUGUUUAAUUUAGAAGGUAUCCACUUGGUGUGACUAAAUUAAACUGUUUAAACUUGAUUUUAACUUCAAACUACUUUGGAAAACAAUUUUUAAAGACACUGAGAACUGUAUUUUGUCUGUCAUGAUAUAGACUGAAUAUAGUAUAACUCAACCAGCAACCGAAUCAAACAAGUAUAACCAAACGACAACCUCCGGGUAGCAACCUACUUGUUGAAAAUUUUACAUUUAGUUCACGGUUUGGAUCAUUGGCUCAAUAAUGCAGCCUUGCAAGUUUUUAAUUAUUUUUAUGAAAGUACUUACCUCCCUGCAUGCAAAUGUUCCAUCAAAUCUAAUCUGCCAUCUCUAUUUUAGGUGAACACAUCACUUUAUCCUGUUUUUAUCCUGCCUUAAACUAUUGUAAUGGGUUUGAAGAAAUGCAAACAUGUUAAAAGUGUUUUCCCGCCCUGCAGCAGAAUGACAGAGGUGCAGCCAGAUCAUUCUCUAGCACUGAGAAGAAGUGCUAGAGAAUGAUCUGGCCAUGCAACAGUGCACAGAAAGGCGAAAUCCUAAUUGUAAACAUGACUACAAAGAAAAAUAUAUAAAACCUGUUUCAGUGUUCAUAUGGUCAAAUGAGUGCAAUGAAAACAAACAGUAAAAAAUGUGAACCUGUCUUUCUACUCUAUAUGAUAUAUUCUACUUUCUCUACCACAGAAAGGGUUUUAAUGGAAGUUUACUUUGCAAUGAUGUUUUGUGAAUUUUAGGCAGGACGUGUCAAAACCAAAGGAAAAGCACAAUAGCAGUAAUGACCAAAGUUCAAUGCAAAGUAAAAAUAUAGAGUUUAUUAUUGUGUAACUCCUGUGAAUCGCCUGUGUUAGAGGUUGCAGCCUGUGUGCAGGUCUCCUCUUCACUUUUAAUUUCAAACUUUGCACAGAAGUGACUGGACUCCGUGUUGAGUGGUUUCAGGUCUGAUGGCCAGUUGGCUCCUCUUUAUGUUUGUCAUAUUCUAGUUCCACAUGGUUUAACUGCCUGUUCUCACUUUUUAAGCCUCUGGACAUCUGAAUCUCACUCUUAUUGUCCUUCGUAAAUCCUCUGAAACAACGGCCAUUUAAAAAAAAAAAAAAAAAAACUUUGUCAUUAUUCUUACUUGAAAUCCAGAUGGCCUGUUCACCCAGAUUUCAAAAAAGUCAAUAUGGCACUAGGCUGUAUUUCAAAGGGAGGAAAUGAGUUUUGAGGUUCAUCUCCUCACUGGAUCACUGCCAAGAGUGAAACAGCACUUUUAAAAUCUGAAUCUGAAAUGCUUAAAGCUCUCGUUGUCUCUCAUUGAGCCACGUAAGGUUUACUCAUCUCUGCCUCUACCACUCUGUCCUGCACAAGUAAAUGUUUUCUCAACAUUUAAGGGGUAUUAUUGUAUGGCCCAUUUUUAAAAGGAAAUGUAUUUACAUGUAUCAUAAAAUGAAAAGAAAAAAAUACAUGUCUUUUUUGCUUC